AUGGCACCCUCCAGAGGAUGGCACCGCAUCCUGCAAGUACAUUCCAAUGUUUCUCCUUUUGUACGAAGAUAUUCCCAAUUUACCUAUGCAGCGUCCAAUUCGGCGAAUAAAUCACAAGUCUAUAUGUCCAGAUCUCUCGAUCCGUACUUGAACCUGUCAAUUGAGCAUUUCCUUUUGCAGAAGACACCUCCCGAAUCAACAGUCCUCUUUCUAUAUACGAAUCGACCUUCUAUUGUUCUCGGACGAAAUCAGAAUCCUUGGUUCGAAGUCAAUCUUAGCCUGCUCCGCCAUGGAGAGCUGAAAAUUGACCUUGUGCGACGUCGUUCAGGAGGAGGAACAGUUUUCCAUGACGAAGGGAACGUGAAUUACAGCGUUAUAUGUCCCCCACCGGCUUUCGAUAGAGAUAAACAUGCGCAUAUGGUGGUUCGAGCUCUAAAGAAGCUUGGAAUUGAGAGGGCCAGGGUCAACGAGCGUCAUGAUAUACUGGUGGACCAAGAGGUAAAAGGGGAGGACAAGACCUUCAAGGUCUCGGGUUCUGCGUACAAGCUUGUACGGCAGAGAUCUUUGCAUCAUGGAACAUGCCUUCUAUCCAGUCCGAAUCUGCCAAUCAUUUCUCAAUACCUCCGAUCCAAAGCGAAGCCGUACAUCGAAACAAGGGGCGUUGAGAGUGUGAGCUCACCAAUUACAAAUACGGGAGUGGCCAAUGAAGCUUUCGAAGAGAGUGUAAUCAGCGAAUUCAACGAGAUGUAUGGAAGUACAGAGGUUAUAUUGGUCGGAAAUCAGGAGGAGGAUGUUCCUGAGAUAGGUAAAGGUUUGAAGGAGCUGAAGUCCCUUGAUUGGAUUUAUUGCCAGACUCCUCAAUUCACUUUCUCUUUCGAUUCAGACCAUCUCAAGAAAGGAGAAUCGCCCAACGAUCCUAACAUUUCAUCUGGCGUAAUUCUCGCUGAACUUCACUGCUCGACACGGCGAGAUUACAAAGGUUGUAUAUCGGAAGAGCCCAACUGAUCGUCCAGAUGGGUCAUUGGAAACCAUGGUGGCUAAUCUUGAAGGCCGCAAGAUACAUGA